AUGGCACGCGGUCAUCAAAAAAUACAAUCGCAAGCAAAGGCCGCUGAAAAGCAAGCGAAGAUGAAAAAGCAGCAGGGCCACAGUGCCAACGAUCAAAAGAAAGCAGCACAAAAAGCACUCGUACAUGUUUGUGUCCUCUGCAAAUCGCAAAUGCCAGAUCCUAAGACUUACAAGCAACAUUUUGAGAAUAAACAUCCGAAAAAUGAUAUGCCUGAGGAGCUGAAAGACCUCUAACAUUAUUAUUGAACAUUAUCAAAUAAACGACGAGUUGCCUACGAGUACGAAUAUUUGCAACAAUAAUAUUUGAAACAAUCAAUAAUUUAAAAUAAAAUGCAAAAAUAUACGCAAACUUA